CAAAGUCAAGGAGUUGGCGUCCACGUUCUUGGAGACAAAAGACGAGAAAAGAAAUCCAAUCCCCGAGCCCCUCCUCGGAGCAUUUUAACAGGCCGCCCCAAGAUCAGUCACUCGUCCACUCAUCCUAUCUGCAUAUCCCUACCGUCCAUCUCCCGCCUCCCUCGUGUUUAUGAAUCCUCGAAAGUCGUAACCGCUCUCUGCCCCGUCUCUCUUAUCCAAAUAACAAAUAAACAAGUCCUAAUCCAGGUGGUCAUCUCGCUCUUUCUAGUAGAUCCUUCCAUCUCAUACUCUCUAGGAAAAAUCAAAUCGAUCCGGAACGUUUGAUCGGAUAAAUCGGGUAAAACAACAAGCGCUCACAGGGGAGACUCAAAAAAACAGUAUAAAUUUCUGUAACUCGUCUCCUCUCUCUCUUAAAACAAAAAGGAAUGGCGGUAGUAGAAGGCGUGAAGAAAGGAGGCGGAAAGUUGCUGGCGCCGCUCAUAGCGGUGGCGCCCGUCGUAAUAGUGGUGGCGCUUUGGAUCGUCGAGCCCUUUGACACUUCGCCCAUACCAGACUAUGACCCCGAGAUACGGCACGUGCGGGAGCAGAACCUGAGGGUGGCGAGGGACUUGGAGCGUGUGGCUGAGGGCUUGGUGAUGGGGCCAGAGGACUUGGCGUACGAUGCACAAGAGGGGGCCGUGUAUGUGACCACCGCGGAUGGGUGGGUAAAGAAGGUGGAAGGGGUUGCGUACGGUGGGGAGAUCGCCGUGCGCAACCUUAGUUUCACCGGGGGAAGGCCACUUGGGGUGGCGCUCGGGCCGUCGAAGGAGGUGUUUGUUUGCGAUGCUUACAAGGGCCUUCUGAAGGUGGCAGACAACAAGGUGGAGGUACUGUCGGACGGGGCGGAGGGCGUAAAGUUCAAGCUAGCGGACGGCCUGGAUGUAGCCUCAGAUGGAACCAUUUACUUCACUGAUGCAAGCUAUAAAUAUGACCUUGAUCAUCAUAUGCUCGACAUUUUCGAGGGGCGCCCUCACGGUCGCUUGUUGAGAUUCGAACCCUCGACCGGUGAGACCCAUGUGCUGUUGAAAGGCCUCUAUUUUGCAAAUGGAUUGGCCCUCUCUCCGAACCAAGACUUUCUCGUCUAUUGUGAGUCCACGUUGGCAAGAUGUGUAAAAUAUUGGAUUGAAGGAGACAAAAAGGGAUCUACAGAGAUAUUCAUAGAUAAGUUGCCAGGUGUGCCGGACAAUAUUCGGUACGAUGGCGAGGGUCGAUUCUGGAUAGGCCUAGCCACUGGUAAAACAGCAUUUUUCAAUAUCAUGCUGAAGUAUGCUGUGGUGAGGAAAGCAAUGGUGAUUGUGAGCAAGUUUAUUAUGCUACCUGAAUUCCAAAUGAAUGGUGGAGUUCUUGCUGUGAGUCUAACUGGGGAGGCCAUUGCCCUUUACUCAGACCCAGAACUGAGCAAAGUUACAGGAGGAAUCAAGAUUGGAAAAUAUCUCUAUAUUGGAUAUCUUGAUAAGUCAUACAUUGGGCGCCUUGACUUAAAAAAAUAUGCAGCAUCUGCCCACUAAAAUUGGUUAUGGCAGGAUAAAAUGUAUGAAAAUACUUGGUGUGAUCAAGCUCCAGUUCAGUUGUAGCACCAAACAAAUUAAUAAGCCCUAUAUAGUUUUCUUUCGACAAUUCAGCUAGUUGGAAUCGAACUUGAAAUAUAGCAUUGCUAUUGUCAACUACUAACCGCUCAAACUCGAGCCCGAUUCCUAACUAUGUAAAAUUUGUCACUGUAAUGCAUCUUUUCGAGAAACAAUGUGAAGCUUUGUCACUGUAAUGCAUCUUUUCGAGAAA